AUGAUUCUGUAUCUACCAGACUGUGGGUUCACAAAGGAAAGCCGAUUUAUUUUGCACAUCCCAAGUGAGGAGAGAGACAAUGCGAUCAGAGUGUGCUUUCAGAUUGAACUUGCCCAUUGGUUUUACUUGGAUUUCUACAUGCAGAACACACCAGGAUUACCUCAGUGUGGGAUAAGAGAUUUUGCUAAAGCUGUCUUCAAUCAUUGCCCUUUUUUACUGCCUCAAGGUGAAGAUGUGCAAAAGGUUUUAGAUGAGUGGAAGGAAUAUAAAAUGGGAGUGCCAACCUAUGGUGCAAUUAUUCUUGAUGAGACACUUGAAAAUGUACUGUUGGUUCAGGGAUAUUUAGCAAAAUCUGGCUGGGGAUUUCCAAAAGGGAAAGUAAAUAAAGAAGAGGCUCCACAUGACUGUGCUGCUAGAGAGGUGUUUGAAGAAACUGGUUUUGAUAUCAAAGAUUACAUCUGCAAAGAUGACUACAUUGAGCUGCGAAUCAACGAUCAGAUAGCACGAUUGUACAUCAUUCCAGGAGUUCCAAAGGACACAAAAUUCAAUCCCAAAACCAGAAGAGAAAUUCGGCAUAUUGAAUGGUUCUCAAUUGACAAGUUACCAUGCCAUAGAAAUGACAUGACCCCAAAGUCCAAGCUAGGUUUGGCACCUAACAAGUUUUUCAUGGCUAUUCCCUUUAUCAGACCAUUGAGAGACUGGCUUUCUCGAAGGUAUGGAGACUCCUCUGAUAGUGACAAUGGAUUCUCAUCUACUGGGAGCACGCCAUCCAAACCCAGCUUGGAAAAAGUGAGAUCCAAACUUCGUUAUAGUCAGCAGGUGUUUGCAGAUGGGCCUUUAGGAGACCAGUGGACAAAGCAUAGGCUGCCACAACCACAGAAGCCAUAUAAUCAUUCUGAGAUGUCUGAAGUUUUAAAAAUAAAGAACAUGAGGGGCAAUGGUAGAAAGCAAUAUCAAGACACUCCUAACCAAAAGAAGAGGACAAAUGGGGUCCACAGCCAGCCAGCUAAACAGAACCACACACUGAAAUGUGAAAAAAAGCUUAAUCCACGAAGACUUCAGGAUAAUUUUGAAACAGCAGAUGCAGCCUAUGACAUGUGUUGCUCCAGUGAAGACCCGCUGCUAGAACAGACAGAGGGACACUCUGUGGCAUGUAAUGGCCAUUACAAAUUCACUUUCUCGUCGAGAGCUUUCUUGAGCUUCAAGUUUGACCAUGAUGCCAUCAUGAAAAAUUUUGACCUCUGACAGCAAGCUUGUUCUAGAGGAACAGAAAUCAAAGACUUACCUGUUGCAGUUGAGUGGGUUUUUAAUCCAGCCUUACUUUUACUCAGGAGUUUUCUGUGUGUUUGUUUUAAUGCAAUGCAGGGACUGGUAUGGUGAUCUAAAGGGUUCAUUCUUUUUUGCAGUAUGGGAGUGGCAGUGAAGUGUUGCACUUUAAAUGCAGUAUAGCCUUUACCUACAAAAGUACCUUUCCAGUGUUUGGUUCGCUCGUUCCUAGCUGUACAUUAGAGGGCAUUCUUUUCUGUUUGUUUGUUAAAACUUGCUGCACAUUUAGAUUUAAGUCACUCAUUGCAAUAUUUUAGUGUUGGCAGUACACUAACACUGAACUUUUAGCCUGCUAUGAUGUAAAGCUGUUGCAAUAUUCAGUCUUUAUUCUCCAGUACUUGGCAAUAGUAUAGCAAUGGCAAAGAAAGUAAUUCUCAGAGGACUCCUGUAUUCUCUAUCCCAGUAACGACAAAACCUAAAGUUGCACAUUUCUCCUCCCCAGUUGUCUGCCUAGAGUGUCUUCUCUUUAUAUGGAAACGUGUUUCAAAAUGACUUGCAAUUAGUAGGAUUCAAAGUUAUAUCCUUUGGGUUAUGUUUUGCCGUGACUUGCAGCUUUUCCUGUGGAGAUACCUGUGAUGGACAGAACUUGCCACUUCACACGACCUAGCAUCAUAUCUUUGUCCACAAGAACUGUCUGACUGGAAGAAAAUCAGAUGCAGUUUCUGUUUAGUUGCAGCUAAUAUCUAGAAAUUAGGAGACACUAACUUCUGAGAGAGGGGGUUCUUGUGUAACAUUUUUUUAUAUUCAGUAAUAAUCUAAAAUAACCCUCUGAUCUUGGGAGGGAGGAAGCAUCCAGGCAAAUGUUUGACUGGAUAGAGAAUACCUUAUGUGCCGCUUAUAGGUUUGCAAUAACCUUUUUUAAGUGUCCAUUAUAGUGUUUUACACUGUCCUUAGGGGUUUUUAGUGUAAUGUAUGUUUAUAUAUCCAAUAGUAUUGAAUUUUAUAUUGCACUUGCAUCUCAGUGUCUGAAAACUAGCUGAGAAUGACUGAAGCUACAGCCUUUUAAUAACAAUAUAAAAGAUGUGAAAAAUUAACAGUAGCAAUUCAGGUGAUACAUUAAAAAAAUACUAGUCCUACAUUCUGAUCCAGCUGAGGGAGUUUAAAUACUUACAUUUUAACUUACUGCAGAGGAUCUUAUGGGGGAACAUUUAUCUUGGCAAUGAACAACUGUAUUUUGUAUAUCUUCAAGUGAACUGUUCUCUGAAAUAAAUAAAGGUUAGUGGGUGUGUGAUUUGGAGGGCUGAAUGCCUUAAUUGACUUUGGUCAUUCCAAGGCUGAGUCUUCUGACCAGAGAAUGUAUAUUCACUCACAGGCAGCCUUUUUUAUCUCAUGCAAUCUCUGUGUUCUUGCAAGUACCUGUGUUGCCUGUUAGUUUGUUUUAGUCUUCAAUAAGUAGUUACACAGCUUAUUUUUAUCUUCACCUUUUUGCCUCUCCCCUUCUUGGGGCCAUGCAAUUUAUGAGUUUUUAAUGAUGGUAAAAUAUUUUGUUAGCUGGAGAAGCUAGACCUCUUACGUUUUAGUUAAUAGGAGAAAUUGACUUCAACAUUUUUCCCAUUUGGAUCAGAAAGUCUUGAAGUUACUUGGUUUAAAGCCAUUUUUCUUUGCUUGCUGGGCUCUUACUGAAAAAAAGCAAGAGGUCAGUCUUUUGACAGUCAGACUUAAUAGCCAGAGGUUGCUUGCACUGAUAAAUGCAAAAGUGCUCUCAUUAAGUGAGAAAUUGGGAUAAUAAGGUUGGGAAGUUCUUUUUAGCUGAAGUAGUUGAUUUCCCAGCAAUAAGUGCCUGGCUUGCAAUGAAUGGGAGGUUAGCAUUCGCAUCUCCAGGCUGCUAGUGCCAGUGGGGGAGAUGACUCUUAAGGCAUGAUUGAAAAUCAAGAUUUGAAAAAUUUUAAUUGUAGUAGGUUGACUUUCAGGGGUGUUUGCUGUAACGCUUCUAAAUGGAGCAGAGAUUAAAUAGGGACUUUAAAAAGGCAAACAAAUACAUUGAUAGAACAAAACUCAUUUUACAUUUGUAACUUGUUUGUUAACAGCUUGGGUAUAUAAUGGUUGUCAGAAGUGAGAGGAGAAGUCUCUCAAGAGAAAUAGCUGUGCAGAAUAUCCCUAAGUGGAAUAUGCACUCUCUGCCCUGUCAGCUUGGUUACAAAGUGCAGGUCAUUUCUUUUUUUUUUUUUUUAAGCGAUGGUCUUUUUCAGUACAAAAAUACCUGACUUCCUUGCUAAGCCCAUACACGAGCUCCAGAAAAGACCCGGUUUUAUUAAAUCUAGCCUUAAUGUGAGUUGCAAAUAAAUGUGAUAAUUAUGCAAUAACUUCCACCUCUGUGCAAAGGUACUGUGUUUUAGAGUUGCAUACAAAAUUUUCAUGUGUAUCAGCAUCAGUUUCCUUCUUUCUCAGAGGUGUCUGAAACAGCUUAUUAAAUGUGCUGACAUACGACCUGUCUUGAGGGUUCCAUGUGCCCUGCGCUGUGAACAGUUUGAAUUGUUAGCUUAUGUGUUCUCUGUAUGUUUCAUGAUCGCACACAUGUUAAAUGAAUCAUUUUAUAGUUAUACAUGUAUUCCAGAGUGCAGGAGUACAGUUUACAUGGGUUUCUUUAAAAUGGUGAUGAAAGCAAAUGGGUGAAUGAAUUUUCUUUGAACCUUUUAUUUUAUUUUAUUUUAUUUUAUUAUUAUUAUUUUUUAAUAAGUGGUGGGAUUUGGGGAGUCCACAGUCUCUAGUUAAACUCUGUGAAUGGACUUCUGAGAGCCAAGAGCUUGUUUUUCAUUUAAAGAUGCUCAAAGAGUAAGCAUGGCUGGCAGUCUUUGCGCUUGGAAUAAAAUAAAACGCAACCCUUUCCCAUAGUGGCUCUUCAGGUUGUGGAUGUUGUUCUGUGUCCUCGGAGUUAAAGGACUUGUGAAAUAAUGACAGAAGGUUUAACGGACAAAAAGCAAAGUGCAGGUACUGGAAAUCUAGAAUGGAAUUAAGUACUGCAUAAACUGUUUUUAAUUUAUUGUAGCUUGUGGGUUUUUUAUUUUUGUUUUUUACAGUCGUUAGUUGUAUGUAUGUUUUUGCCUAAUUCUUUUAGUGUGGGGGGAGGGCGAAAUUAAUUUGGGGGCUUUGGAUUUGUAACUAAUUUGUCUAAUUUAUGCAUGUUUUUGUGACUUGGAGGUCUUAAAUUUCCAGUCUUCGGUAUGCAUUCAUACAGCUGAAAGCAGCUGUAUCUUAAACAUUGAGCUCUAGAAACAUUAGUACAGAAGGAGAGAAGAAUAAAUAGCUUUAUUUCACAAUCUAAAAACUUCCCUUUCUGUAUUGUUAGCUCAUAGUAAGUCUUUUUUAGAUAAUGUCUGCACGACUUGGAGUCUCUAACAGAACUUCAGGCUUCCUCCCGUGCUCCUUGUUAUUGGUUUACUUUGGAGAAUGACAAGAACAGUGCUCUCACUGUGUUUACUCGUGGGCUAUUUAAUGCUGCAUGUGUAACUAUUACACUUUAAUGUUAAGGCAAAUUGCAGUCUGGCUGUUGCUAACAUUUCCAGUCAGAUGCUCAUUUCUUACAAAAAAGUGCAUUUUCUGCUGCGUUCACUGUUCUGAUGCUGUAUUUUUCCCAGUUUGAUUUACAGUAUAUAUGCCGAUGCUCUCAUUUCUUGCUGCUCUGAAGAGCAAGAAUCAAAGCUAGGGAUCCAAAUUCUACUAUGUAGUGGCAUGAAAUAUUGUUGUUGGGGCAUGCUUUGUAACUAGCUGUGCAACAUUAGUACAAGUUCUUAAGGUAUGAGCUCAGCUCAUGCUACAAUAACCUCUUAAAACCAAACAUUUACUGGAGUUUAUUCUAAUACCACCUGCUGGGAACCCAAAAGCGUUUUGGAACAAUUAGCUGAUGGGCUAGUGUAAUUUGCCAGUCCCAAAUCAAGUUUUUCUAUCUCUGCAUGGACAUCAGUACUUCAGGCUUGCAAUUUAAAGUUUCCAGCAUCAUUUUUUUUGUGCAUUAUGUUAACAUUUUGGUACUGGUGUCAGGCUGCUUUGGGGAUUACAGUAGGCUGAAACCUGAGUCCAUUUUAACGGCUUAAUGUUGAAGCAGCAAAAUAUUACUUAAGACGUGGCAUUUAUGGGUGGUGAAUUGAUUCAACCCUGCCAGAACAUGCACUAUGAAGGUGCUCUGACAGUAAAUGAGGCUUGGACAGCUCACUUCUCUUGUACAGCAAUUAAGCUGUGAUCAUGUGUUUUAUAUUUGUAGCAAUAUUCUUGUUCGAGAAUGGAAAGAACAAGAGGAUUAGGCUAAAAGCUUGCAUUUGCACUGUUCUUAUACUGUACAUAAGCAUUGAUAGGUGAUGCAGUAUAUCUUGUGCUCUUUUGAGCGUGCAAUUCACUACUGGUUCAAGUAGGUUGUAAGCCUUAAAGUGAGACACCGUAAAUGUAGCAAUUACUUCACUGCUGCAUUCAAGAUCAUGCAAGAGCAAAUUUUCAUGUGCUUGGCUUAUCUGAGGUUUGGGUUUCACUUUAAAUUUAAAGUAGGAACUGAUUCCUGGUCUCUGCUGUGACUCUUCUAUGCAAUCUGUAGAAAAGAAACCAGAAUGCUGGCAUGUGCUGUGGAUGUCAGUGACUCCAGGGUGGCAGAAAAGCCUACUUUCCUGCUACUUCACCAGCUAAGGUAUGCAGGAUAUUGUCUUGGAGAGCAGGGAAGGAUAGAAUUUAAGGAAUUUUUACUUGACUAUCAGUGAAGAGGUUAGUUUAAGUGACUUCUUUUGGGAGAGGAAGAGAAAAUUGUACUUACUGUUGGGUAUCUGCAGGAAAAAAGGUCUUGUGAUAUAGAAAUAAUAUUGCUAUCUUUUUUUCAAAUUAAAAACCACCAUUAGUUGUACAGUAGAAUUUUUGACAAACUCUUUGUGGAGCAUGAGCAUUGAAGGUAUUGAAAUGUAUCAGUUGGAGGAAAACUAACUUUGAACACACUUCUGCUAUUCUGAAGUUUGGGUUGUGGUUUUGAAGCAGAUACUUAACUCAUUCUAAUGUGUAAAGUACCACAAAGUUUUGAUGAGAAAUUCAGCAAGGCUUUUAUAUUUUUAAGUUCACAUACAUAAAAGCAUCUUACAUAUUUCAGAAUACCAUGUAAAAAUUUCCUGAUGGCAACAAGAAUAUGUUGGAAUCUCCUGAGGACACUUUUGUCAAAUUAUUGGAGGAGACGGUUUACUUUUUUGAUUCUAAGAUGUUGGAAUAUUCUUGAUAUUAUGUAGGGAAUGUUUUAAAAGUUAAACUAUAUGGUAAUAAAUUCAAAGAGCUUUUUGGUUUCUAGAUAGCAUCCUGUAUUGACAACCAAGUGCAGUACAGCUGUUUCUUUGUGCAGCAUGAAAUAACUUGUUUUAUCUGUGGUUGCUUUUAAGUUCCUGUGAUUGUCUUGCAGAAAACUGGGGAGAUGCAAAGACUUGGUCUGCAAUAAUGAAGUGUUCUGUUGUGUUACCAAUGGGAUGUAGCCUGUCCCAACUGUAACAUUUUAAGAUUCUAGAUUUUAGUAGAUUUUUUUCACUGGUGUUGGGUGCUGUGUCCAUACCGUUUAAAUAAACAUGAAAGGUUACAGGUUUUAUUUAAUUUCUCUGAGAUAGUUGAAGCAUGGUUUGUUCAGCUCUUCUUUAGAUAAGAUCUGUAACUACCCAUAAAGUCUAUUGUACUAAUAGAUCAUGUAUUUUUAAGCAUUUUUUUUUAAUGUUCAUUUCUUGAUCCAGACAUUGAAGCACAUUGUUUGUUAAAAUGUCGACAUUUAGUCACAGGCUAUUUCUUUUGUAUUUGUAAAGUGUUUUCUUUUUCUUUUUUUUACUGUUAAGAUUAAAGGUUUUUUUUACUUUCUGGAUAAUUAUUACUGUAAUAACUUGAACAUUUGUUGCAGUGUGAAACUUAAAUUCUGUACUGCUGUGGCAGUUGAACUUACACAAGAAUGUUUUGACUCACUGCCUUAAAUGCCAGUUAGCAGCACUGAUUUUACAUGUGCCAGUUUUAAGGAGAGUAUUAAUUUACAAAUAAAGCAGCUGUGGGAGCAGGAUAGUGGAAGCUGCUUUUGAUAGCAUCUGGGUGCACUGAACUAAAGAUUUAGUGUCAAAUUCAGAUUAGUGCUUUUAAAGUACUUGAGUUAAAGUAAUUCGUCAUCUAGAUAGUUUAUUAAAAAAACCCAGAUAUAUGGAAAUUUCAUAUGUACCCUUCUCUUUUACUCAGGCCUGAUCUGAUUUUUAUAAAGCCCAGAGUGCUUUAUAAUUUUAAAACAUUUACAAAUGCAAUGUUAAGUACAUUUUAUAGAGCUGUACUCAAUUGCUGCUGUAAGGUAAAGCAGAAAGCUCUAGUAGCAAAAUCCAUAUAGAGACUUUCCUAUUAUCCUAGCACUCUGUUUGUGAAACAACACAAUUGUGAUUCUUAUGCCAUUUUGUUACAUUAAGAGGAAAAAUUAACUAAUAAGGAUUUUGGACUGUAUAAUUUAUUAACCUUGAUUUCAUGGCCUAGUACUGAACUGUUUAGUAUCAUCCUGAGGCAAGGAGAAUGAGAUGAGGCUGAAGCUACCAAGAAAAAAAAAAAGCAGCACUCUUUAGCAUUAGAAAUUUAUUCAGAAUAUAAGAACAUUUGUAAAAUAAAAGUAUUAUAAAUGU